AUGACAUUCAGCUUGAGGGGUGCAGUGAAGAGCCUGACGUUUCCCCGCGCCGCCGGCUGGGGGUUGGACUGCCUGAGCUUGGACCAGACCAGCUCCUAUGGUUACAGGAACCAGAGGAAGUUCUCAGAAGACAUCGACUGGUCGUACGCAGUGUCCCCGCGGGCCCCCGGCCAGGGAGCGGCCCCGCACCGCGCUGCUCCCGCCCGCCACUACACCUCCUCCUCCAGCGGCUCCUGGCUGCUCCAGGCCAAGCCGCUGGCUACACCCCCGUCUGUCUCCACUACACCCCGGACCCUGAACCAGGACAACUGGGUGAAGAAGUACCCUUCCUGCAGCAGCGCCCGGCAGUCCCCUCUGGACCUGGAGGAGGACCUGGCCCAGGUCCGCCUGGAGUACCAGGACCUGCGCUUCGAGGGUUGGACCACGCCCACCUCCGACCGGACCACCGCCAAGAACGACGGGAAAACCGUGGCCGUCACCUUGGGGGGGGACUUCUUCGUGAGCGGCGGGGGGCUGGGCUCUCGGUUCAGGGCGGCCCGCCUCACCUUCCACUGGGGGCGCUGCAACGCCUCGUCAGAGGGCUCCGAACACAGCCUGGACGGGGUCAAGGCCCCGCUGGAGAUGCAGAUCUACUGCUACGAGGAUGACCUCUUCGACUCCCUGGACCACGCCCUGAAGGAGGGGGGGCGCAUCACCGCCAUCGCUGUGCUGUUCCAGAUCAGUGUGGAGGACAACGAAAACUAUGAGGCCAUCAUUAAUGCUGUCAACGCAGUCAGCCGCUAUGGUAAGAGUGGAGAGGUGGAGGCCUUCUCCCCACAGGCUCUGCUCCCCAACUCCACCCAGAGGUUCUUCAUCUACAACGGCUCCCUGACCACGCCCCCCUGCUCCGAGACCGUCCAGUGGAUCGUCCUGAAGGAGCCCGCUUCCAUCUCCGACGCCCAGCUGGAGGUGUUCUGUGAGGUGAUGACAAUGCAGCAGGCGGGCUACGUCAUGCUGAUGGACUACCUGCAGAACAACUUCCGGGAGCAGCCCCCCCGCUUCACCGGACAGGUGUACUCCUCCUACACCGGCAGCGAGGAGCUCAGCACACCUGAGUGCAGCUCGGAGCCAGAGAAGGUUCUGGCGGUGGCCCAGAACCGCAGCAGCCUGCUGGUGAUGUGGGAGCGGCCGCGCUCCGUCUACGACGGUGCCAUCGACCGCUACGCCGUCCGCUACCGGCCCGCCGGCAACCCCGCACUGCCUACCAUCGAGUACCUCACGGACGGGGACCAGGACGUGGGGGCGAUCCUGCAGGACCUCCUGGCUAACACCAGCUACAGCCUGGAGGUGGUGGCCGUCUGCACGGGAGGCCUCCUGGGACGGCUGAGUGACCAGCUGACCGUCACCAUGCCGACCUACGACCCCGUAGACUCGCUGGACUCUGCGUGGGACGAUGUGAACGAGGGAGACUACGACCCAGACCCAGUCCAGGAGGAAGAGGAGGAGGAGGAAGAGGAGGAGAACGAUGUUGUGCUCGUGGGGCAGGAGAAGGAGGUGGUAGAGGAGGAAGUUGAGGAGGAAGUGGGGAAGGAAGUGGAGGCGGGUUCACCCGUGUCCACAGACCCAUCCAGAACCCCAGACCUCCUCCCACUCCUUCCUGACCCCAGAACCACCAUCCAGGGUACCCCCACCCAGGGUACCUCCACCAAGAGUACCCCCACCCAGGGCACCUCCACCCAGGGUACCCCCACCCUUGCCCAGCCCACCCGGGGGCCAGUCGGGGCUGUGAGCUCCACGACAGCAGGGCUGCGCCACAACGAGGAGGCCAUCGCCAAUUCAAACGCCACAGCAACAGGGAGUGAGAGGUCAGAGGUCAGCCUCAUCCACCCACAAUCCCGCGGGGUGUCCGAGAAACCCCAGCUGAGGACUACAACUCCCAGCAUGCACUUCACCGGUAUCCCGUCAUACACCACCGGGGCCUGGGGGGGCGUGGCCUCAGGCUCCGCCCAGCAGGAGGAGGACUUCUCCGCCUCCGGUGAAAGUGUACUUCCUGUUUCCCCCCGCAUCACUUCCUCCUCCACCCCUCCCCCCCCCGCGGCCGAGACCACGCCCCCCACAGCCGAGACCCCGCCCCCCGACGACGAGCGCUCCUCCGCCUUCUACUUCGAGGCCGAGAGCGGGAGCGCUGCCGUUGCUACGGAGACGGGGGGCAUGGCCUACAUGGGGACCACGUUGAGCCCCUCCCCCUCGUCGUCAUGGCGACGGCGAGCAGGGGAGGAGCAGAGCGGCUCGGGGGACACCUCCUCCGACUUCAGUAUACCCGAGCACACGGAGAGAGACCUCCUCCUCGAGGAGGAGGGGGGGGAGGAGGAGGAGCUGGUGGAAGACGCAAGUAACAGCAGCCACGAGUCGCGGGUGGGGGCGGUGGGGCUGACGGAGGCGGGGGCGGUGGUGCCGCUGGCGGUGGUGUCGGUGCUGACCGGCCUCGGCCUCAUGGUGCUGAUGGGGAUCCUGGUGUACUGGAGGAACUGUUUCCAGACGGCCAGCUUCUACAUCGAGGACAGCAACUCCCCUCGCGUCAUCACCCAGACGGCCUUUAACACAGACCACGAGGCGGUCCCUGUGAAGGAGUUCGUCAGACACGUGGCCGAGAUGCACCAAUCACACGGUUUCUCCCGGGAGUUCGAGAUCCUGAAGGAGAGCUAUGAGGAGCUCCAGGCGUACUCCAUGGACAUCGGCAUGACAUCGGACAGCGCCCGGCACCCGGACAACAAGACCAAGAACCGCUACGUCAACGUGCUGGCAUACGACCACAGCAGAGUCCGUCUGUCCACCCAGACGGACAGCGGGCAGACGGGGGAUUACAUCAAUGCCAACUACGUGGACGGUUUCAACCGGCCCAGGGCGUACAUCGCGGCCCAGGGCCCGCUGCGCUCCAGCGUGGACGACUUCUGGAGGAUGGUGUGGGAGCAGAGGACCGGGGUCAUCGUCAUGAUCACCAACCUGAUGGAGAACGGACGGAGGAAGUGUGACCAGUACUGGCCAAUGGAGAGCCAGGAGGAGUACGGUGGCUUCCUGGUAACGGUGAAGAGCGUGAAGGAGCUGGCGUUCUACACCCAGAGGACCUUCACCCUCCGCAACACACGCCUCAAGAAGGGGUCCCAGAAGGGUCGUGGCGCAGAGCAGACGGUGUUGCACUUCCAGUACACCCAGUGGCCGGACAUGGGGGUCCCGGAGUACGCCCUGCCGCUCCUCACCUUCAUACGCAGGUCCUCCCAGGCCCGGACCCCCGACAUGGGGCCCGUGGUGGUGCACUGCAGUGCGGGGGUGGGCCGGACCGGGACCUACCUGGUCCUGGACAGCAUGCUGCAGCAGAUCCGCCAGCAGGGGACCGUCAACAUCAAGGGCUUCCUGCAGCACAUCCGCACCCAGAGGAACUUCCUGGUCCAGACGCAGCAGCAGUAUGUGUUCCUCCAUGAUGUUCUGGUGGAGGCCGUCCAGACCAGGGAGGCGGAGGUGGGCUCCGCUCUGCUCCACCGCUACGUGGACGAGCUCCUGACCUCCGGGCCGUCGGGGAACACCAGGCUGGAGAAGCAGUUUAAGCUCAUCUCCCUGCCCGGAGGCCAACACGGGGACUUCUCCGCCGCCAUGAGGGAAUCGAACCGCAGCAAGAACCGGCCAUCCUCUGUGAUCCCUGUGGAGAGCUCCCGCGUGCGUCUCUCCACAAGCUCAGAGGAUGCCUCGGACUACAUCAACGCCUCUUUCAUCACAGGCUACCGGCGCUGCAGGGAGUUCCUUGUGACCCAGCGGCCGCUGCCCUCCACGGUCCGGGACUUCUGGACGAUGGUCUGGGACCAGGGGGUCCAGACCAUCGUCUCUCUGCCCGACGGCGACCACAGCACUGAGGGGGUGGCCGAGCCCUGUGCGUUCUGGCCCAAGAAGCAACAGCCAAUCAGCUGUGAGCGCUUCACUGUGACCCAGCGCGGCGAGAACACGAUGUGUCUGUCUGGCGAGGAGAACCUCGUCAUCCAGGAGCUGCUGCUGCAGGCCGCCCAGGUGACCAGGCCUAGGGUCCGGGGGUCCACUCCCAAGGAUGACUUUGUCCUGGAGGUGAAGCUGUUCCGGACCCCCUGCUGGCCGGACCCUGAGCGCCCCCCCAGCAGCACCCUGGAGCUGGUCCACCUGGUCCGGGAAGCGAGGGCCGGGGAGGGGCCCAUGCUGGUCCAGGACCUGACGGGGGGCGUGGCCGCUGGGACCUUCUGCUCCCUCAUCUCAUUGGUGGAUCAGCUGGAGGGGGAGGAGUCUGUGGACGUGUUCCAGACAGUCCGUAUGACCAACCUGAUGAGACCUGGGACUUUCACUCAGCCCGACCAGGUCCAGCUCCUGUACCGGACCCUGCUGAGUCUGGUCGGGUCUCAGCAGGACCAGAAGCUCCUUGACUCCUCCCACACCGCAAGCCCCGCCUCCACGACCGCAGAGAGCCUGGAGUCUUUGGUGUGAACAUCCAAUCAGAAGCCAGGAAUCCACAUUCAGCCAUCACCUCCUCCCACCACCUCCCCUGCCCCUUGCCGUCAAUCAACAGGCCCCAUCUCCCGGACUGGUCUAGAACCUAGACCCUACUGGGACCACCAGGUCUGGUCUAGACCCUCGGUCCUGCUGGGUCUGGUCUAGACCCUAGGUCCUGAUGGGACCACCUGUUCUAGACCCUAGGUCUUGCUGGGUCUGAGGGGUCUACUGGACGUUGUUGACAGGUUGGACUUGUUAUUGUGCCUUGUUUUUUUGUACUUCUCCUCUUUUGUUGGUCCAGAUGUAAUAGGACUGUAGACUAACUCAUGCUAACCAGCGGCUCGAUAACUAACCGCUCUUAAACUCUAUUUAUCGGCCACACGCCAAAUGGGUAAAAGGGAAUCUUUUGUAGACGUUUGAAUCCAGGCGGGCACUGAACCCACGAGACCACGCUAAUGUACAGAAUAAUCUAGAACUCAAUGGACCAAAUCUCUAUUUAUACCGCUAGAUUUUAUAUUGGACUAUUUUCUAGGGAUUUAAACGUAUACCAUUAAAUUCUAAUUAUGUAGUAGUAUGUUGUUUUUUAUAAUAAACUGUGCUAAAUAUUAUGGGUACUGACCCCAAAUUGUAGAUAGAGAACUAAGAAAUAAACAUCUUGG